AUGGAGGAGGACAAGAGAUUGACACAAGAAAAGUUCACACCAGGGACAAGGGAAAUCUUUUCCCUCGUGAGGACAGUCAAGCACAGGGAGUGGCUACCCAGAGAAAUCAUCCAGGUUCCAUUCAUGGAGGAUUUCAAGGAGCAACUUGGAUCAAGCCCUGAGCAACAAGCUCUGACCCCAGAGCUGACCCUGCUGGGCUGGAGAAUUCCUUCCAACCUGUAUACACUGCUCUUCGUCCUCUUGCUCAUCAUCUACCCUGCGACUGUCUUUGGGAACAUCCUCAUCGUUGUGCUGGUGAUGGCAGAUGAGCACCUGCACACCCCCAUGUACUUCUUCCUGGGCAAUCUCUCCUGCUUGGAGACCUGCUACAGCUCCAACAUCCUGCCCCGGCUGCUGGCCAGCUUCCUGACUGGGGACAAGACCAUCUCUGCUCCCGGCUGCAUGGCUCAGUUCUACUUCUUUUCUAGUUUUGCAGGUACUUGGUGUUACCUGCUGGCGGCCAUGUCCUAUGAUCGGUACUUGGCCAUAGGCCAGCCUCUGCUCUAUGCAAGCCUCAUGACCUGGAGGGUGAGUCUCCAGUUGGCAGCUGGGCCUUGGCUGGGGGGACUGCUGCUAUUUGCGGCACUCACCUUCCUCUUAUCUCAGUUGCAGUUCUGUGGCCCCAAGGCAAUUGACCACUUCUUCUGUGAUUUUAGUCCAUUGCUGGAGCUCUCCUGCAGUGACACCAGGGUGCUUACACAGGUCGCUUUAACCUUUGGCUUCUCGCAUGUGGUAUUCCCUUUUCUGUUCACGCUGGCCUCCUACAUGUGCAUCAUAGCUGCCAUCCUGAGGAUCCCGUCCCGCGCAGACAGGCAAAAAGCCUUCUCCACUUGCUUCUCUCACCUUACUGUUGUCACUGUCUUCUAUGGCACUCUCAUCACUGUCUACAUGCUGCCCAGAACAGCCCCCCUGAGGCAGCUCAACAAAGCCUUCUCCUUUUUCUGCACCAUCCUCACGCCCCUGGUCAACCCCCUCAUCUACAGUUUGAGGAACAGGGAGGUUAGGGAGGCCCUCUGGAAGGUGCUCAGGAAAGCCAAGGCCUGCACCCAGAGCUCCUGGCAGGAGAGAGACAGUAGGGACAAACCACUUGCAGGUCUUUCAGAAGGGCAAUCGCUGCAGCCUGGGUGCAUCUCCAGAAGUGUGUGCCUCUGA